AUGGAUAAUAAAGAUGUCAACACGUUAUUCAUAGAAUCUGAAAAAAUCCCCCAGUCACAAGGUUCAUCGAGAAGGCCGAGCAACGAGAGCACUUGCAGCCUUAACGUGCCCUCGGAACGUUUGGACACCCCUCAAAUUCAACCGAUAUCGGGGAAUUUCAACGACAAAAGCAGAUCUCAAUCCCUGGUGAACAUAUCGAGAUUUCAGAAAAAUUUUUCCGUGCCGGAAGGAGAAAAACAAUUGAAUGGGAUAGAAGAAAUUCCCAAGGACUGCGUCAAAUCCAGGAGAGGGUCACUCCAAUCAGAACGAGUGAAAUUUAACAAUUUCUCUUCUAUAAAAGAUGCCUUUGGUCCUCAAUUAAUAAACGAUUCGUACAGGGCGAUACCAGGAACGCCAAUACCAUCAAUGGUUGUUCAAGAUUCACCUGAAGAAGAAUUGAAGGAAAUUACAAACUCCAACACACCGGAAAAGGAUGUGUGUCACUCCAAAGCAAAGGACUACCUGAGCUUAUAUACUCUUGAUGUAAGUCAACAGAGGCGAGAUUUAAGAACAUCACGAGAUCCACACCGCCUUUGCCGCGAUCGGUACACACUAUGCAACCAGGAAUGCACGGCAAAUUGUUUUAAUCGUUUUAACAGAGUGCUUUUGGUUGAAGUGUCAGAUCCUGAAAGUCUUUAUUUUCGUGACGGAAGACGAAAAAUUGACAUGGUGUUGGUUUUUGAAGAAGAAGAGUUUGGUGUCAUGACUGAAGCAGAAGCUAGGAGGAGAGACAAUAGAAGGGUUUUUCAGGAAAAUUUGAUCAAAGAGGGCCUGGAACUGGAGCUGGAACACAAAGAUAUAUCUUUCGAUGGUAAAACGUGGUUCUUAAAAAUCCAUCUGCCUUGGAAAACAAAAACACGCUACGCUGCCGUGAUGGGAAUGAAGCUGCCAAUCAAGAGGUUCAUCACAAUAUCAGUGAAAGCCUGGGAUGAUGAAAAAAAUCAAAACAAACAGGAUGGUCUUUGGAACAGGUGGUCUAGGCGAAUUAGAGAGUUUAGCGAAUAUAAUCAUGACUUAAUUCAUAAGGAGCCAUCGUUUUACGACGCUACUGAAGGGGCUGACAGGGAAGAACAAUUCGUUGUAAAAGACCGAGUAACCAGUUUCUCAAGUGCCCAAAGAAGCUUAAUCGUUAUGCAGAUUCUUUUGAGGGUGAAAUUUGAUGACACAGAUAAGGUUGGCAUUAGAAGAUUGUUAAACGAUUCAACUUACAUUGCAUGUUUUCCCUUGCAUGAAGGGAGGUGGGACAGAGAGACAGCUGACGGAAAAAUAUUAGACAGGAGGCUGUUAUAUUUGGAAUGGGCAAGGCCUGCAAAAUGUCUAAAAAGGCAACCUCUUAAUUUAGUUAGAAGAUAUUUUGGUGACAAAAUAGGUUUAUAUUUUUGUUGGUUAGGAUUUUACACUAAAAUGCUCAUUGCCCCUGCCAUAGUUGGUACGCUUUGUUUCCUAUACGGUAUUUUUACCAUAGACAGUGACGAUAACAUGCCAACUAAAGAAAUCUGUGAUCCAAUAGGACCGGGCAACAUAACGUUGUGCCCUCUAUGUGAUAAAGCGUGCAAAUACCAAAAACUAAAGGAGAGCUGUAAAUUCGCGAGGUUGACAUAUUUAUUCGACAAUCCGGCAACGGUGUUUUUCGCCAUCUUUAUGAGUUUGUGGGCCACUGUGUAUUUGGAGUUGUGGAGGAGGAAACAAAAUGUUAUCCAAUGGGAGUGGGAUCUACAGGAUACUGAAAUAGACGAGGAACCUAGGCCAGAGUUCGAAACCAGCGUAAAAACAUUCAGGACGAACCCUGUCACCAGGGAAAAAGAACCAUUUUUACCAACGUGGUCUAAAGGACUUCGAUUCGCUGCCACUGGAUCUUCAGUUUUCCUAAUGUUAGUAGUAGUACUGGGUACCGUAUUGGGUACCAUAAUCUAUAGACUGUCUCUAGUCUCGGUAAUCUAUGGUAGCGGGACGUAUUUCAUGAAAAAACAUGCCAAAAUAGUCACGUCUGUAUCAGCCGCCUGCAUAAACUUAAUCAUCAUUAUGUGUCUAACUAGGUUUUACCAUAGGAUAGCUUUAUACUUAACAAACUUAGAGAGCCCUCGAACCCAGACUGAAUACGAAGAUUUGUACACGUUCAAAAUUUUUCUAUUUGAAUUUAUGAACUACUACUCUUCUCUGAUAUACAUAGCCUUUUUUAAGGGUCGCUUUUUCGACUACCCAGGGGACCAAAAGACGCGCCAGUCUGAAUUUUUGCGGGUCAAGGGUGACAUAUGCGACCCAGCCGGCUGUUUGAGCGAAUUGUGCAUACAACUGUCGAUAAUAAUGGUGGGGAAGCAGGUUUUCAACAAUUUCGUGGAACUUUUCAACCCGUUUUUCUACAACUGGUGGAGAAGGCGCUCCCAUAGAAGCAACACGAAAGAUUUGAAUAGAAAACACACUAGGUGGGAGGAAGACUACCAUUUGCAAGACCCUGGAAGAUUGGCGUUAUUCGAUGAAUAUUUGGAAAUGAUUCUACAGUAUGGUUUCAUUACUUUAUUUGUUGCCGCAUUCCCUUUGGCUCCGCUAUGUGCCUUACUUAAUAAUAUAGCUGAAAUUCGCCUGGAUGCCUAUAAGUUUGUAACGCAAGCGAGGCGACCUCUUGCGGAGAGGGUGGAAGACAUUGGAGCCUGGUAUGGGAUCCUCAGAGCCAUCACGUAUGCCGCGGUAGUGUCAAAUGCGUUUGUGAUAGCCUACACCAGCGAUUUUAUACCAAGGAUGGUGUAUCAGUACAAAUACUCUCCCACUGACGAUUUGACCGGAUAUAUAGAUUCAUCAUUAUCAGUGUUCAACACUUCGCAUUACCAUGAAGGCAUGGGAGCUGAUAAUGAUGGGGAACCUCCUCCUGAUAGUUGUCAAUACAGGGGUUAUCGAAAUGGCCCCAACGAAACUGACCCAUAUGGGUUAAGCCCACAAUAUUGGCAUGUUUUUGCUGCCAGGUUGGCUUUUGUAGUUAUUUUUGAGCAUGUAGUAUUUGCUCUUGUAGGAAUAAUGCAAUACGUUAUACCAGAUGUGCCUUCAGAGUUGAAAACUCAGAUGCAACGAGAAGCUCAGUUAGCAAAGGAAGCAAAAUACGAGCAUGGUCUACAAAAGUCGGAUAACGAUUAUGAAGAAAUGAUCAAUGCUUUGAGGGAAAAUAAUAAUGCUGUUAACUCAGAUAAUAGAAAAGUCUCAGGUGUUAGAGGUUCAUGGGCUAGACGACUAAGUAGACUCUCCGAUGGCCUAGAUGCCCAUGUAGAAGUGGCAAGUAGGAAAAAAAACUCAAUUUCUUCAACAGUAUGGGAGGUGUCAUAAAGAAAAUUAAGCUGAAUAAGUUAAUAAAUCUGUUUAAUAAAUAUUAUUAUUAUAUGAAUAACUGUACACAAUAUUUUGUAAAAAUAAAUGUUUUUAGUUUUUAAAUAUCAUUUUAUUCCCCGUUGCAUUUUCAUGUUUUGCCAAAGGAUCCAAUUCGGUAAGUACAUUUGUUGGUGCAGAAUUAACUAAUGAUAACUUUACCUAAUAUAAUUUAUAUUUAAGUUUGUAAAUUUUGUGAAAUCAGCAAAAUAAUUUUUGCACAAACAUAACCUUAAAAUCAACCAUUUUUAUGUUUGAGUUCUCUAAAAAACCC